GGCAAUAUCCCAGGAAGGCUGUUAAGGGAAGAUGGUGAAGAUGGGAAACUGCAUCCAUGUUAUGAUGCCCACGUUUACAAACAAGCCCUCCCCACAUGACAACCGCGUACACGGAGAUGAAGUGGAAAACAGCAGGUUUGACGAUACUUCACCUUUCUCAUUCCUCAGACUCCAACCCACUUUGAUUCUGAAAGAUUUGACUGUUGUUUCCGGUCAGUCAGCUUGCCGAAGCAGUCAGAUUUCCGUCAUACUACUCAGAAUAAAAAUGGCAUCAGGAGAUGAGCUUCCAUCCCAUCUCGCUGUCGAUACCUCCAACGUUCAAAUUCUUCACUCUGAGACCUCAAAAAGACUUGUCGAAAAUUUUGUAAUCGCUCUCAUGAACAAGGAGCGUUUCUACAUCCGCACAUUCUUUUCGACAUACAAAGCAUAUACCACUGCUGAAAGUGUGUUGUACAUCCUCCUGGACAAAUAUGGAAGCUUUGGCACCUCAGAGGCAGAAGAGAUUCCAGUUAUCGAUUCAGUGAGCACAAACAGCGGAAACAGUGAUAACAUUCCGAGCUGUGAGGAGCUUGCAAAUCCAGUGCCUGCAGAGACAGUUACAGAGAUCAGAAAGUCCAAAACCUUUGACAGCCCAAACUCUGAGAAAGAUGAAGAACCAAGUUCACCAAAAGCGACUGCAGAAAUCUCAAAUUUUGGAAAUGUUGACAGUGCAAAUGGUGAGGAAAAUGGAAGUUGUGGUUCUUCAGGAUCCAGCGAAAUAAUUGCUAAGUCCAAAACCUUUGACAGCCCAAACUCUGAUAAAGUUGAAGAACCAAGUUCACCGAAAGCGACUGCAGAAAUUUCAAAUUCUGGAAAUGUUGACAGUGCAAAUGGUGAGGAAAAUGGAAGUUGUGGUUCUUCAGGAUCCAGCGAAAUAAUUGCUAACUGUGAAAGCAUUGAGUCUGAACACUGUCCGAAUUCUGAUGAAAUUCAGAAUUUAAGUUCACCAGAAAAGGGAGCGACAGUCAAGAAAAGCAUAGACUUCAACAGAUCAAGCUUUCUAGAAGAAUAUAAUUUCAGUCCUGCAGAAAAGGAAACACUAAUGAAAAUUGCUAUACCUGAAAUUCUUGAAAUCUGGCUGGAGGAGUCUGCCGAAGACUUUCGUCAAGUUCCAACUUACUCUUGUCUCCGGAAGGUACUUUGCUACUUGAACCAGACAGUGCCGGGGUCAGAUGCUGAACAUCGGGCCCAGAAACUCCUGAGUCGGUUUUUGGUGGAGGAAACAGCGGAGAAAGAGAUGUUCAAAGGCUACCGUAGAAGAGUUAGAUUCUAUAUUGGAGAAGAACACGACCAAACCAUCGAACAAGUUGACGAAAAGCUCCUGUCCUACCCAUCACGCUUCAUUGCAGAGCAGCUGACUUUUAUGGAUGCUGAUCUUUUUCGGAAACUUGUGCCCAGCCAAUGUUUAGGGUCCAUCUGGUCUCAACGAGGGAAGGAAGAAAAACAGCAUCUGGUAUCAACCGUCCAGGCCACCAUUACACAGUUCAAUAAUGUUACAAAAUGUGUCACCAGCACCAUAUUAAGACCUCAACAGCUGAAACCACGGCAGAGGGCUAAAAUCAUUGAGAAAUGGAUUGAUGUUGCCCAGGAAUGUAGGACUUUGCAGAAUUUCUCGUCAGUGCAUGCAAUUACCACUGCAUUGCAAUCGAAUAGUGUGUUCAAUUUGAAGAAGACUUGGGCAGCCGUGUCAAAGAGCAGUAAGAUAACAUUUGAAGACCUUUCAAACAAUGAAGAAGAUAACUUUAUGGCAAGUAGAGAGCUGCUAAUGGAGGAUAUUGUUCAGGGAAUUGUGCCGUACCUGGGAACUUUCUUAACAGAAUUUUCAGCGCUGGAUUCGGCUUUCCCGAAUUACCAUUCAAAUGGCUUGAUCAACUUUGACAAGAGACAAAAAGAAUAUGAAAUAAUUUUGGGUAUCAAAUCCCUGCAGUUUGCUUGCUCAUCUUACACCCUUCGUCCAAACGAGAAUUUUCUAGACUUGUUCUUUCUGCAACAAUACUUAAGUGAGGAUAGCGAGUACGUAACUGGUAUUGUAGGAGUGUGCAGCUCCUCUGAACUCGAGAAACCGCCAAAGCCCAAAAAGAGUGUGUUUAAACGCCUCAGCUGCCUGUUUUCAAAGAGAGGUGUUAAAAUACACAACACUCAAACUAAAAGCUCUGAGCAGCGAGCAUCCCUUCAGAAUGAGGAUUCAGACAACAGCAUUACCGCAGCCAACAUUUUAUCCGAUUCCAGCCACUUGGAAAUGGAAGAGCCGAGCACUUCGCAAAAAGCGCUGGAAAAGUCAUUAAGAUCCGUGGAUACUGCCUCCUCUGGAGGUUUAUCCAACAGUGGUGCAUCAGCAAAACCAAAUUAUGACAAAGCCAAGUCUCGUAGGCGUGCGGGUUUGGGCAGCUGCUGGUGUGCAACACGUCGGAGGGACAACCGCCAGAAUGAGAAAAGCUGCCUCAUCCGAGUCAGAUUAGAGGAGGACAGAGCACAAGAAUUCAAAACUAUUUUGGUGACUAAUCAAGAUCGUGUAUCUGAAGUUCUCAACAAAGCCAUCACCGCGCUCAAAUUUGAACCCGAGCGUCCUCAGCAAUUUGCUCUAGCACAGAUCAUUGAAUCAAAUAAAGUGCUCAUACUUCCGGCCGAUGCCAUCCUGUAUUACGCAAUGGACAAGAAAGUGAAUCACGACUUCAUCCUGAGAUUCACUGAAAGAAGAUCUUCAUGUCUAUGCAAGUUUUAGCUGCAAUGUUCGAGCCUCCUUCCCAAUGUGAAUCAAUGAGCUCUAGUGAGGAAGGGCUUUAGAGAGCUCACCGCCCUGAUUUUUGAGAGGUCGUAUGUAUUUUAUUUCCUUCUCCUCCUGUAAAUCGCUUGGUGCUCGACAUAGGAUUCACUAAUUAGACAUUUACACAUAACCACUUUAAAAUUAAAAUGGUUCAACAUCGAGGCUAUGCCAACAAUACCAGCCACAGAUAGAAGAGAAAAUCAUCUGAGUUCUUUGUCUAAGUUUGUUUCUAAAAAUAGUGUUCAA